AAGUGCGCUUUAAUCUCCUCCCACCUGACUGGGAAGGUUGCGCGCUCCCGGUGAGUUUUAUAGCAACUGUUGCCCAGUGAGGCAGCGCCAUAGUCACCGUAGUCCUGGCGACUGUAACCCACCAACAACAACCUCUCGCUCCAUCAUUACCACCUCCUCCACCAUCCUCAUCUCAUCAACCAGUCCACAGCUCAGGUCCAUUGGGUCUCCUGUGAAGCUGCGACCUCUGAUGUGUGUGGAGAGGCGCCAUGCAGACCCCUGAGGCAGGCGCUGACUCCACCUCCAGUGUCCCUCUUCAAACCACUGUGCCUGUCCAGCCUACCGGCUCCACCCAGCAGGUGCCUGUCCAGCAGCAGGCCCAGACUGUUCAACAGGUUCAGCAUGUUUACCCUGCACAGGUGCAGUAUGUGGAGGAAAACAGUGGCGUCUACACCAAUGGCAACAUAAGAACCUACUCGUACUCAGAGCCGCAGCUGUAUAGCCAGAACAGUGGAGGGAGCUACUUUGACACACAGGGCAGCUCAUCACAAGUGUCCACUGUGGUGACAUCUCAUGGCAUGACCAACAAUGGAGGAGGGGGCAGUGGAGGAAUGAGCAUGAAUCUGGCGGGGGGCCAGGUAAUCAGCAGCAGUCCUGGGGCUUACAUCAUGGACAACGCUGGACCCCACCCUGCCACCCAGACCGCACGAGCUUCCCCAGCUACUAUUGAAAUGGCGAUUGAGACGCUCCAAAAAUCUGAGGGUUUAUCCAGUCAGAGAAGCUCGCUGCUCAACAGCCAUCUCCAGUGGCUGUUGGACAAUUAUGAGACAGCAGAGGGCGUAAGUCUACCACGAUCCACCCUCUACAAUCAUUAUCUGCGCCACUGCCAGGAGCAGAAACUGGACCCUGUAAAUGCAGCCUCUUUUGGCAAACUCAUCCGCUCCAUCUUCAUGGGACUCCGUACAAGGCGCCUUGGAACAAGAGGGAACUCCAAAUAUCAUUACUAUGGUAUACGUGUGAAACCAGACUCCCCACUCAAUAGGCUCCAAGAAGACAUGCAGUAUAUGGCCCUCAGACAGCAACCUGUUCAGCAGAAACAGAGGUUCAAGCCGGUGCAGAAGUUUGAUGGCUGCACUGGGGAGAAUUACUCAGGUGGAGGCCAGCCCCAUCCUGGUGCAGCAGAGCAGACAGUCAUUGCACAGAGCCAACACCACCAGCAGUUCCUAGAUGCGUCGCGGGCACUCCCUGACUUUGUAGACCUGGACCUGGGACAGAGCAAUACAGAGAACAUCAGCCCAGAGGAUGUGAAAGCUCUCCAGUCCCUUUACAGAGAGCACUGUGAGGCUAUUCUGGAUGUGGUUGUCAACCUGCAGUUCAGUUUAAUUGAGAAGCUGUGGCAGACAUUCUGGCGUUAUUCUCCCCCUGACUCUGUAGAGGUUGCCACUGUAACAGAGAACAGCAGCAUAAGUGAGAUUGAAGCACGGCUCCCCCGUUCACAGCUAUUGGUGCUGUGCAGAAACGAGGUUGUAAUCAAAUGGAUGAGCACCUGUGACCAUCUAAUGUACCAGGCCCUCGUGGAAAUCCUCAUUCCUGAUGUCCUGAGACCCAUUCCCAGUGCCUUGACUCAAGCCAUUCGCAACUUUGCCAAAAGCCUGGAAGGUUGGCUCAAUAAUGCCAUGAAUGCCAUUCCACAGAGAAUGAUCCAGACCAAGAUUGCCGCUGUUAGUGCCUUUGCGCAAACACUGCGCAGAUACACAUCUCUGAACCACCUGGCUCAGGCGGCACGUGCUGUGUUGCAAAACACGUCACAGAUCAACCAGAUGCUGAGUGAUCUCAACCGUGUUGACUUUGCCAACGUACAGGAGCAGGCAUCAUGGGUGUGCCAGUGUGAGGAGGGAGUGGUUCAGCACUUGGAGCAGGACUUCAAGGCCACACUACAGCAGCAAAGCUCUCUGGAGCAAUGGGCAGCCUGGCUGGACAAUGUGGUCACUCAGGUGCUCAAGCCUUACGAGCACCGGCCCAGCUUCCCCAGGGCAGCUCGACAGUUCCUGCUGAAGUGGUCCUUCUACAGUUCUAUGGUGAUCAGGGACCUGACCCUGCGCAGUGCUGCCAGCUUUGGUUCCUUUCACCUGAUUCGCCUGCUGUAUGAUGAGUACAUGUUUUACCUAGUGGAGCAUCGUGUGGCCCAAGCUACUGGAGAGACACCCAUGGGUGUCAUGGGGGAGUUUGACAGCCUCAACACCCUGUCCCUCAGUAACAUUGAUAAAGAUGAAACAAGUGGGAUGGACAGUGACUUAGAAGAGGACACGGAGGAGUCCGGGGAACCUCUUGCUAAGCGAGAGAAGUCGGAGCAUGAGGUGAUCCAGGUUAUCCAGGUCGGGGCACUAGAAGACGGGUCCCACCCUGUGGUGGGGGUCGUCCAGCCAGGUGUCCUCCACUCGCUCCCCCAGCCCCCACAGGACCACACUGAGCACAUCAUAACCCCCUCUGCUGGUACUCCCACCAUUCGCCACUGCAGCGCCACAGGCAACACCUACGCCUCCGUUUGAGGGUCUGAGGGCACGGCUAACCUUGUCUGGCCUAUUUUUGCUAUCUCACUCUCCACAUAUCUUUCUCUCUGUAAGUCUAGAUGUGUCCGUAUUUUUCAUGCAUUGUCUCUGUCUGCACUUGUGUGGACACGGUCUCCUCUCCCUAUCUAGCCCGGUCAGUGGGGGAGUACUGCUACUCUGGCCAAGAUGUGCUGUCCGUGUCAGACUGCUUAGAUUCUGGAUGUAUUGUCAUCACAUAAGUCUGUGCUGUAUCACAAUGCGGCAGCUGGAGGAGGAGGACUAAUUUGACCCGUUAAAUGUUUCCUGUCUAGGCAUGAAUUCACACCUCUGUCUGUCUAUACAGAUGGGUUUUAUCUUGAAGGAAAGUUAAACUCCUUCAAACUACUGAUGUCUCAGAGCUCAAAUCCAUGUCACUAGUCCCAGUGGAGCAAAGUCAUCGAUUGACUCAAGACCUUUGUCUAUUGUAAAUAGUUUUGCUGUACUUUCAAUUGGUAUUACCCAAAACUCAUGGUGCUAUCAUUGUUUUGUUUUAUUUUAAUUCCCUCCUAAUUUUAGUAUGAUUUAUGUCAACGUGCAUUCCACCUGCUGAUAAACGUUUGGCUGAACAAAAUAUUUUGAGUAUUGUUUGUUUGUAGCUAAAAAACAAAGGGAUGACUUUCUAUGUAUGUAUGGCAUUUGAAAAAAGGAUCAUGGGGCAGUUUUGUCUGUUCUGUUUGAAAAUUAUAUGGUAGCCACCCACUGAUAACCACUUACAGAUUUUAGCCACAGAAAAAGAAACCCCUAAAGAAGUAUCUGUGCUGCUACUCGUGUAUAUAGAAAUGAGAUUGAGAAGGUGGCUGUACAAAACCACUUCCUCAAUGCUAGCUUUUCUAUGCACUCUGUGCAUAUCGCUUGCCUUUGUUCAUUUUAGAUGCUCUGUAGUGUGGUUUACAUGACGAGCUGUAAUCUUGAAAACAACUUACUGGAUAUUUUCCCCUGUUUUUUGCAGUUUCUGUCUUUAAUGAAAUUUCUUAAGUUCACAAAGGACCAAAAACAAACCAACAAGAGAAAGCUGAGAGUGAGCCAUUUGGGCCACCCAGGAGCUGUUUCCUGUCCCACAGUGCCAUGUUGCAGAGCAGAAGGAAUGUCAGGGAUUUAAUGUACCUCGGCUUUAUCAUAGUGCCUUAUCCUUAAAUGCAGCUGUCCUUGUAGUCCUGACUAUGUGCUGUAGAGAGCCCAGAGCCCCUCUGCAUUGUCCCAGCCACAGAUUUGGCUUUCUGGUGACUCGUGGCUGGAUUUGGGCUGGCUCAUCAGUGUUGACACCAAGGGAUGCAGGCACAGACACACCUGUUGUUUUCUCUGGAUCAGCUCUACUAAGCUUAUUACUUAUCUGAAUUAUGGUCUUUAGCCUUGCUCCUGCCCUCACUCUGCCCUCUUGAGGCCUAUUCUUGCAUUAGCCUUUGUUAUCGGGUGAAGUUUGUGUGUGUGUGUUUAUGAACACGGAUGCAUAGGUCUGCACUGUGUUUUUAUGUGCAUGUGUACAUGUGUAUAUAAGCCUGCGUGUGUGUCUGCGUGCUUGUGUGUAUGUGUUGGAACACAUCCAUCAGUCACCCUACCUCAAACCAGUGGUGCCAGCCCUUUGACGCGUGCAGCACAGUCACCAAACCUUAUUGCACACACACCACUGUACUGCACAAAUCUCAACGCUAUAGAGAAAAACUGCAUUGCUUUUCUCUCACCUCUGAUACAUUUUCACUUCAGUUUUUAGCCCAUAAAAUGCUUUCAUCCUUUGUUCCCUGUUUAAAGAUCAUCUUUGUACAGUGGACCAAAAGUAGAUAUUUUGUGAUAUUCAAAGAGAGAUAUAGAUAUAUAUAUGUAUAGUAUAUAUAAUGAUGAUACACUACAUAUAUUUGUUGCUUUUUAUGUGGUUGAUCUGAUUGUUUAUAUGUGAUUGUUUCUUUUGGUAGCUCCUCUGUAAUUAGUUCAUAGACUGUGAAAUGGGAAAGGCAUGGGGACUAACUUCUGAUUCAUUAGACUACAUCUAUACUUGAACUGUUAUAGCCUUCUAUGUUGUGGAGAAUAUUGAGAUUAAUCCUCUAAAUAGGAACAUUUUGUUACUAAAAUCAUUUUUGUUAUUGUUUUUUUCUGCACCAUUUCUCUGCAGAAAUGUUUAUUUAUUGAUAUUUAUUGUGUUUUUGUUUUGGUUUACUGAUAAUGAAUCAUGAAUUAUACCACUGCAAAGAGCAGAAAUACUGUACAGGUGGACCAGAUGUUUUUUGUUGAUUUGUUUAAUUUCUUUUUCCUUUUGUAAGUCAAGUAGGUUGAUGAAGGUUUAAAAAAAGGCUUGGCACUGUAUUUGCUGUAAUCAGUCAUUUUUUAAGUUCUAUUACUAGUCAAAGAAUUCCUUUAGAUACUAGAAGUAAACAGGAACCAUUUUUGUGGUUGUGCCUGUGUAGAAAACAUGCUUAGCAGUAAGGGAGGGUGGGAAAGUGCAAAUACUGCGCAGCAUUUAGGUUACUGGGUCAGUGGACUCACUCAGAUGUUUUGUUAAAUCAUUUCCAUGACACUUUGGGGAAUCUGAAAAGUAAAUUCUAGCAACCCCAAAGAUACCUUCCUCAUUGAUUAAACCUACGGUACACAUCUCAUACUGUAGCCUUGCCCUCAUACUGUUCGCUUGAAAUGUCUGGCUCACCAGAUCUAGGAAUUGAGUGCACACAAAUCUUGCUUUCCCAUUAUGUUGCUUAAGGACAGUUUGAAAAGUCUGCAAGAAAAGGUCAAUUAACUUUAAGUAGCUGGAAGUUGAAGGCCUGAGGCAUUUUGUUUACAUCAGUCUGUGACCGUAAUGAACUUGCAUAAGAGAUUGCUUCCUGACUCUUGGUAUUAAACUGUUCAAGGCAAGUUGGGAGAACACAGGAAGUAAUGAAAAUGUCCAAUAAAAAAAUGAAUGGAUACAAAACCGUAAGACCUAGUUCUUCUCUUAUACUUUCUCCAGAGCCACACGUAAAUCUGUGUUCUCAUAAUAACUGCGAAAAAAUGAACUACCCCAUACCCUCAGCUCACUUAACUGACUCCAACACUCACAGAAUUUUUAGAAUUAAGUUGUAAAAAGUGAUGGGGUUCUGUCUGUGACUUAAAAUUUUAAAUUAUGUUGUAAAUCUGGGUAGUGUGUACCAGUUAGGAAUGACGGUUUUGCAGGAUAAUUUUUCUUGCCCAUGGCAUUUUUACCUUUCUCUCACUUUGAUUUGUUUUUUUGUUUUUGUUUUUUAAAUAUGAAUCUCAGCUCCCUUGUCAUAUAAAAUAACUACAACAUUGUAGAUGUAAACUUGUAUUAUUUUGUGCCUGAAGUGAAUAUGGCUUAUAAAAUGUUUUCUUUAAUUCUUAAUUGUGUGCUUUAGGAUCGUAAGUGCUUUCUGAACUUGCACGCCUACCAUGUGCUGCUAGAAACCGUUUUUGUCAAUUUUGUUCCCCCCCCGUUUUAUUUUUACAUAGACCUACGUGCCAGAGAGUGAUUUAGCUUUCUGCAUCUUAAAGCCUGCCUGGUCAACACUGGACUGAUGCUAAUGCUGCCAACACAAUUGUAUUUUAUUUCUCUGUGUCUUUAAAAUUGAGAAUUAAGAUUUUUUUUUUUUAAACAGCUGUUUGCAAAUGAGCCUGUUUCCAACCAGAAAAUGUAAAAAAAAAAAAAAUAAUAAUAAUAAUUAAGAAAACUAAAAAAGACAUAAGCUAUUCCUUAACUUGUCAUAGGAGCAAAAACAAAUAGAUGCCUCUUCACCUGGACAAAAUGGCAGCUUCACUGACCCAUAGCAGACUCCAGUGCCUUUAAUUUCGCCCCGGCCAGAGCAGAUGGCCUGGGUGACUAUUGGGUCUCUGGUGGGCUACAGAUAGAGGCUAUCAGCGCAGACAUUUCAUUGCACAGGUGCUGCCACUGAGAAGACACCCGGGCUGAGGAAGCAUAAAGACCUGUCCUCAGACUGGACUAUUAUUUACUGGAUGUGACACCACAGACACACACACACGCAUACUUAGUAGUUUACACAUGGUAGAUAAUCUGCAGACAGCUUUUUAUUGUAUAGAACUGGUUAAUGAACAAGGAGAGUUACUGUAAGUAAAAUGCUCUCUUAUGACUUGUUUUCUCAUGAUCGUGAUUUCUUUUGUCAGAUGAUAUUUUCUGAAUGCUGUGACCUGUUUGAGAUUUGUAUUUGGAUGUUUUUAAGUGCCAUUUGAAAGUCUAGUGAGUCGUGGCCAUCUGUAGCACGCUCUAAUGCAAGCACAAGCAUUUGGCAGUGGCAUUUGGGGAAGGUUUUUAUUUUGAUUCACCCUAGACAAAAAUAUGUAUAUAUCAAAAACUGAAAAAGGUAUAUUUAUUUGUGUCCUAAUUAUUUGAUUUGUUCUUUUGGUGAACAUUUUAUCAGAUAUGUUGGCUAAAGUGCUUUUGUGAUUUCUUUUUCCUCUUUUUGGAUAAUGUAUAGUAUCUGAUAUAAUAUAUACACAAAUUUCACGUGACUUACUUUUUGUGUGCCAUUAAGUUUUCUUCUCAAAUUGGCAAGCGAACCAAUGCGUGUAGGGUGGUUUGUAUUGUGUAUUUUACAUAAAAAAACAAGGACAAUUGGGGGACUUUUAUAUUUAUAAAGACAUUAUCAUUUAGUGUGUCGUAUUGAUGACUAGAAACUAUUAAAGACACAUGUAGUUUGGUUUUCUGAAUAUUUCAGAUCUCAGCUCAGGCUAGCUUCUUAGUGUUGUUUUCUUAAAAUUUGUGACUUGUCUUUGCAGUAAUAAACGUUUUCUUGUUGAAA